AAACAAAAUAGAGAUGGGCACACCGACAAAAAACAUCGAUAUUGGCUUGCAUGGAUAAUAUUCAUACUGAUGUUCCAAAACGAGUGGAAAGAAACUUAUUCAUGGUCUCUGGGCCUUCGUUUGUGUUGCUAAACUUGCUAAAGUUGAUUUUUCUGCCACAGUUGUCUCUGUUCAUGGCAUGAUGUAAACAGAGAGUCAUAGAAAAAAAUCAAGUUUGGCAGGUAGAGCAAACACAAACCUGCACAAACGAACAGGCCUUCUAUUUCAUUGAGGAAUAUUAUCAUAAUUCAAAUAUUGAGAAUAAUGUUAUUAUCGAUAUCUGAUAAAUAUCGAUAUAUUAUGCGCCAAUCUCUAGUCUAGAAGGGAGGAAAAUGAAAAUAAUCAAAAAUCAAAAUACUAAAUCUCAAGAAACUGAAAAAUAAGUGCAGUGUAUCUAUGAAUAAUAAUUAAAAAAUAAUAAAGCCAAUAAAUAACUUUUAGUCAUUAAUUCAAAUCGAGUUUGAAAUUGCUGACCAUGGUUAGUCUAGAAGAUGAGGAUAAAGGAAUAGAAGGAAAUUGAGAACCAAUUAGUAAUAAAUGUAUAAAUACAGGUGAUAUAAAUAUGUUGAGGAAAAAGUUAUUUGGCAACCCGUUUGCUGAUAUAGCACUCAAAGAAAAUACGAGAACAGAAGAGGACCAAAGCAACCUUCUAGACUUAUCAUUAGAAAAUUGCUGCCCAAGUGAUGUCUCCAAAUAUUUCCCUAAUAUAAUACAAACAGUACCUUCAUUUGGCAUUGCAGACCAUAUAAUACAGUUGCAGCAACAACUAAACAAUAAUUUGAGAACAUUAGAAUUCAGAACACCACCUAUACAGUAUGUUUAUAACCCCUUGGAAUAUGCUUCAGACCCUAACGAAAGAUUCACCAGAAAAUACUGUACCACAAGAAAAAAAUUACUAUUUGUAGGUAUGAAUCCAGGGCCCUUUGGAAUGUGCCAAACUGGAGUACCCUUUGGUGACCCCAAAUGGGUUAUAGAAUGGUUGAAAAUAAAUGGAUUUGUAUUCAAGCCAGAAAUGGAAUGCCCUGAGAGGAGAAUACAAGGAUUCUCCUCCAAUAGAAAGGAACAGAGUGGAGAUAAGUUCUGGGGCUUUUUUGCUGCCUUGUGCAAGGUACCUGAAAUAUUCUUCAAACAUUCCUUUGUAUGCAAUUUUUGUCCAUUGGCCUUUAUGGAUGAUAAAGGACGUAAUGUGACUCCUGUUGAGAUUAAAGAUAUACAACUUCGAAAAAUUUUGGAAAGAGUAUGUGAUGAUUGGUACCUCAAGUUGAUUAACAUACUCCAACCAGAGUGUAUCAUAGCUAUUGGCAGGUAUAUUGAAAAAAGGACAAAGGACCUGUUCAAAUCACACAAAAUACAAAACAUCAAAGUAGUCUACAUGCCUCAUCCAAGUCCUAGGGUGAGGACUACAGAAAACCAGGAUUGGAGUGACAAAGCACAAGCCUGUUUGAUGGAUAACAACUUGAGCCAAUUUUUUGUGUAUUGAAGUGUAGAUAUGGCAGCUUUGAAUGCUCCCAAGAAAUUGACUGGUGGUCAUAAAGUUAUUUUGUUAUAGUUUAUUCAUAAGCAAUUUCUAAGAAAUAAUGUUCUAUUAUCCCCUGUUUAUUUCAUUCCAGAAUUUUGUAUUUCAUUUGUUUUUUUGUUAUGUGAUUUUAGUUUAGUUUAUUUUUAUAAAUAAAUAUAUAUUCAGUUUUUUA